UUGAUGCACCCCUAAUUUGCUGGCACGUGGUUGGGAACCUAGGUCUCCAAUGAAGGGGAUCAUCGGGUGUGAGAAAGAUAGUGAGGGCUUCACCUAGAAUUCCACUCUUUUCUCAGCAGGUGCCUGCCGGUGAGAUGCAAGGAAGCGAAGCACCAGCACCAGCAGGCACUUCCAAAGUGUGGAUAUGGAGAGCACGCACGGGGCAGCUUGCCCCGCAUUUGGCGGCGUUUGUUGCUCGACAGACAUGACCUCAGCACGCAGCGGCUCCCGUGUGUGGCCGCCCGUCGAACAGCCAGCGCGCCAACAUCAAUCCCACUGCAGCCAAUCGGUCAGCCUUCCCGGAUUGCAUUCGCCGACUUGGGCAGCAGCUUUCUGCCGGCACAAACACCCACGCUGACCGUCCACUCGGAGCUCAUUCGGAACAGCCGUGACCUGGAGCUUUGGGGCCGUCCGCUCGUUGCCGCGACCCCGCCGACGGCUGCAACCGUCCGAGCGCUGAAUCGGUUCUCGUUCCGCCGUCACCUGUCACUGGACCACCGCACCUCCUCACACCACAACCGCCCAACCACCGAAUCACCAGCCAGCCCCCCCCUAUCGAAUCGGCAUCAUGGACCUGGCCUACGAUCAAAUUCUCGAAAAGUCCGUUUCCAAGGAAAACGAGACCACUCCCUGGGCCUCGGGCGAGAAGAAGCCCGAAGAUGAGGAGCCCACCCUCAGCGCAGAGGUCCAGGAUGCCUACCGCGCUUUCUCAUCCAGCCCCUGGGGUGCCAGGAUCGGUGGUUUCAUCGGCACCGUCGCGAAGCAGGGCGGGAACGUCUAUCGCGAGGCCCAACACGUUGGCCAGGACGCCACCACGGGAUUCUCGAGCCUUCGCGACGCCGUCAUCAGCCGGACCCGGGGGCUCUCGCUGGUUGGGGGCGCCGAAGCACCACCUACCGAGGGUUCUUCGUCUGCCGCCGCCGGCUCCAAGGGCACCGAUACGACCGCCGAAGCCGGCACGAGAGAGCUGACGACCGACGAAGCUCUCAAGGAGUCGGAGAAUGUUCUGUCGAGGCUCAAAGUCGCCGCCGCUCAGCGGCUAAAGGACAUACAGAAAGCCGAGGACGCCGCCGACGAGGCCCUGCUCAAGUUCGGCACCAAUAUCCGCGACUUCCUCCGCGAGUCCAUCAGUAUCGCCGGCCCAGGCGGUGAGGCGGCGAGCGGAAGCGCACGGGGCGGGGCCUCGGCAGACGGCGUCCUUUUUGAGAGCAAGGAUGCGCAGGGCAAGCGCGUGAUCCACACGUCUCGCUUCGACGCCCAGCUGCACGUCAUCCAUACCAACCCCGAGAGCUUCUCCAAGGACCCGGCCAGCGAGGAAUACGCUGCCUGGUCUUCCUCCUUCGACAUCGACAAAAAAACUACCGACAUCGCGGCGGACCUGACCAAGUACCCGGAGCUGAGGACCACGAUGGAGAAAUUGGUGCCUGACCAGAUCCCUUACCCGGACUUCUGGAAGCGCUACUACUUCCUCAGACACAGCAUCGAGACGGCCGAGGCGAGGCGCAGGGACCUGCUAAAGGCUGCAUCUGCUGAGGAAGAGGUUGGAUGGGAUGAGGACUCCGAGGAUGAUGACGAGGAGGAUUCUAGUGAAGACGACUCGGACGACGAGACCACUACUUCGGCUGCUCCGUCUAAGCCAGCAGCAACGGAGACCAAGUCAGCAGCCUCAGGAUCGGCAGUACCCGCAGCGGCGACACAGGAGCGGCCUGGAUCGACCGACUCCUCGACGACGAUCCAAUCGCCGUCACAGCCGACGAAGCCUGCUGUGCGAUCUUCCCUCAAGACUCCUACCGAGCACCGCAAGUCCAAUGAGCUUGAUGUCAAAUCGCAGGCCGACAGCGAGGCUAGCUAUGACGUUGUGGGUGCGACAUCAGGCGUACCUAGCCAGGCGCCCAACAGCCCAAAUGACAAGAAGGGUGAAGAUAGUGACGAGGAGGACUGGGAGUGAGCCGUACAGUGGGAGCAGCCGGGUCUAAUGUUGUGCAUGCACUCUUAGAACGAUGCUUCUCACUUUCGCAGCCAGCAAGAGGCACGGCAAGAAGCAUCAGCCCCUUGCUUCACCGUUGGCGAGCGGGUCUCGUUUGGUGGGGGUGGAUGUCGGUUGGUCGAAGCUUUCGGUUUGGAACAUUCAGUGAACAAUGGCUUCUUUUCUCGUCACCCCCUUCCGGGGGGUUAUUCUGGAGCUUCUUCUCGUCCGUCAUGUCCGUCCACGCACUCACUGCUUGCACGGAUUGGGUAUAAUAUGUUGGUGCUGCCGCCGUAUACAAAUGGUUGCCCAUGCUACCAAGACGCCCUGUCGCAAUCUAAGCUCGAGUUUGGUUGGCCUGAAUAUUCUUUUUCUUCGUUUAUUCGCUUUUUGUUCUCUUUCUCUCUCGUGUCCCGGCUUAUUUCUUCUUGCGCGUAACCUUUGUGAAGCCGUCCUCGUCGACCUCGGGCAGGGUCUUUUCGCGCUUCUCAGCGACGAGGGCGGGGGCCUCGUCGUCGUCGUCGUCAUCGCCACCGUCCUCGCCAUCGUCGUCGGUGUCGUCCCAGUCGGUGUCCUGGUCCUGGUCCUCUCCCUGCUUGAACAUGGCCGAGACGGACUUGCCCUUGCGGGCCUGCCACCUCUCGGUCAGGGCGUCGACGUCGGCGAGCCGGCCGCGGCAGCACUGGGCCCAGAGGCCGACGAUGCGCUCGGCCACGUCAAAGGCCGUGUCGUCCUGCACGGCCGUCUCGAACUCCUCGAGCAUGAUGUCGAGCAGCCGCUCCUCGACGUCCUGAACGAGGUCCUCGGGCGCGGGGAAGGGCGACCUCGCCUUUGCCGCGGCCGCGGCCGCGGCUGCCGGCGACGACUUGGUUGCCUCGUGGAACUUGACGACGUCGGGGAUGGCGGGGAACAGCUCGGCCACGGCGCCGGCGGCCCAGUCGCGCUUGUCGGCCGAGUCGCCGCCGCCCAUGUUGUUCUGCACCGCGAAGGACAUGUCGUCCCACAGGUGCAGCGACAUGGCGACGCCGCGCUCGAACGCGUUCUGGCACGCCUCUGUUGGUGGUGGGGGCGGGUGGUUGGUCAGAUGCGCGCCAUGGGGUAUUAGCAAGGAAGGUGUUUGGUAGGUAGGCCCGUACCUGGGGACGGAGGCUGUGCGCUCGAACUUGACGCCAUGUUUGCGAGCCGGGAGAUCUACCCCGUAGCUACACUCGUUUUAGGUGGUUGUAGACGUAGGUGGGUAGGUAAGUUGGUGACUGGGGGGGCGGCGAUGGCGGGCGUCCGGUCGCAUCAAUCAGGUCCUGUGGGGGGGCAUUUUUUGCAGGACGGCGCAAUAUUUUGUUUCUCCCGCCAGAAAUUUUGCGACAAGGUUCGUUGAUAAGAUAAGUGCGAAAGCCCCACCCAGCAGCAUCACCACUCACAGCAGGGUCACGUCGCGGGGUGGAAGACAGAGGUCAGUUUAUACAAAAGAAGAGGAACAUACUGCAAUUGGCAAAGUUUAGCAGAGGAUAUAGAUCCUGUGAUAUGUGCGGGCAGAUCCCUCUGGUGGCAAUUGCCCAGGGAUCUGUAUAAAAGAAGACAAACUGAUGGGAGAUGGCGUUUCAAGGUCGCAAGGAAGCAAAAGGAAAAAUAUAGUAUGUCUCCAGGCUAACCCGAUAUUUCACGCUCCAUGCAAGCCUUGCGGCAUGGCCUAUCUGACUCUCACAUAUCGGCCCUAUUGUUGCUGCUUUCUUUUCUUUUGGUUGUGUUGUGGAAACGCCGGCCAGUUGGUUUUCCCAUUCUAGAAGCCCACAGAGAAUCGCAGGAAGGGGAAGUUGGAUGUAUAGGAGGCAAGGGAGAGUGACGGAUGUGUGAUAUCCAAGGAAAGAAAAAAAAGAG